UAGAUUAUAGUCUGUCGAGGCGGCGUUUAUUUUACAACGAAAUUAGUGAUCAGUGAAUUAAGACUGAAGAGACAUUCGAUCUUCCCUUCUUACGAGUAAAAUGUAACGUGUAAAAAUGUGAGGAACGUAUACAGAUUAUCAUGAACUUUACAAGGCAUUCCAAUAAUGCUGCAGUAGUAGGAUAUCGCUUUACAUAUCAUGGAAGUCGUAGGUAUAUUCAUAAAAGUACUCAUUGUCGUGGCUUGUUACACGGAUGAGCCAAUUAAAUAUGUUUUUGCGCAAUGUAUCAUUCCACUCGGCAUGGAAGAGGGAAAGAUUCCAGACAACGCGAUUACCGCCUCUUCCAGUUACGAAAUGAAAUCCGUUGGCCCCCAAAAUGCCAGAAUACGCCAGGAGAAAAAUGGUGGAGCUUGGUGUCCGAAAGCCCAAAUUAGCAGCGACAUUAGAGAAUACUUGGAGGUGGAUCUUACAAAGAAUCACCUUAUUACAUGGACUGAAACCCAGGGUAGAUUUGGCAAUGGUCAAGGCCAAGAAUACGCGGAAACGUUUUUUCUGGAAUAUUGGCGUGACCUGAAAUGGUACCAGUACAAAACCAUGAAAGGCGACAAGGUACUCCGUGGAAACAGCAACACGUAUCUAGUAGAAAAGCAAAAAUUGGAUUUGCCGUUCGUUGCCAGCAGAGUUCGAUUCGUUCCGUACAGUCAACAUCCGCGAACGGUUUGCAUGCGAGUUGAAAUUUACGGAUGUGUUUGGGAACAACAAAUCAGCAAAUAUUCGGCACCGAAAGGAGAGACUUUUGGACCCAAUGGCUGCAAUGUCGAGGACUCAUCCUACGACGGUCAUGAAAGCGGAAAUCGUAUGGUCGAUGGACUCGGACAACUGACCGAUGGUGUAUACGGAGAAGAGCCGAGCACCAUAGCGAGCAGUUUUACAAAUUGGGUUGGAUGGAGCAAUCUGAGCCCAGUGGAGCUCACCUUCGAGUUCUACGAAGUACGGGGAUUCGAAAACUGUACGAUUCACGUGGCACAUAUGCCGUCCCGAAAUAUCGAGGUCUUCUUUACUGCGUACGUUUGGUUUUCAUUCGAUGGUAAACAGUAUCAUCAGACUCCGGAGAAGCUUGAGGUGAACGAAGAUGUAAAAUCGACUACCGGGAGCAUAUCAAUAUCGUUACAAUCCAGAAUAGGACGUUUCGUUAAAAUUGAACUCGUUCCAAAAGCUAAAUGGCUUCUCGUGAGCGAAGUCACGUUCGAUUCUGUUCCAGCAUCGCGGAAUCUCUCGGACGAAUCAUUGGAACAAUUUUACCGAGCGUGUCACAAGGAUAACGAAACUGAAUUGAGCGAUACGGAAGACUCGCAUUCGAGCUACAACAAGACAAUUUUUGAACUGAACACCAAUUUGACACCCGACGCCUUUCCGGUCAGCAAUUCUCAGACUUAUAUCGGACUUGUCAGCGGUGUUCUGACGGUAACUGCGUUGCUCCUGACUUGCACGAUCUUUUUGAUGAAGCAAAGGGGACGCAAUAAAGUCGCCUUGCUGCAGAAGCACACGGCCUUGUUGUGCAGAUCACCGACGCACGGAAUAACGAUCAACAUGAAAGACAUUAAAAUGCCACCACCUGUAAUCAUAAACGGAUUAUCCCAGUCGAAAUUGUCUCUGAAAAGUAAAAUUCUGUCGGUCGACAGUCACAGUCUUCGCAACGAAGAUACUCUGGGUAGUGAAUAUGAGAAAUGUAGCGUCUACGAAAGGACUUACAAACUUUACUCGAAGGAGAAUCUCGGUUACGAACCUCACACUCACAAAAGCGAUCGUGUGUCAAGUUGUAAGAGUGAAUAUUCGGAUUUUACAAGCGACAGUUGCUGUGACGAUAAAAUUGUCGAUCGUUUGGUCCUUACCCCGUUUCCAAUAAAAAGAUUUUGCCAUACUUCGUCUAGAACUAAUCACCAAAUUUACGAAGGUUACUACGCGGCAACGGAUAUUUUGACGAUUAAUAAUAGAGAACAACAAAGCUGCUCGAAUUUGUUCACAUCCCUACAAAUUGAGGAUGUCAUACAUCCGUCGCACGUUUCUGACUCUUGCAAUCUCCACCAUGUUUCAAGACAUAGACUAAAAAUCCUGGACAAACUGGGGGAGGGGAAUUUUGGAUUGGUUCAUUUGUGCGAAGCUAAAGGUAUUCAUAGUCCAGAUUCAAAUACGAUACGCAAUAAGCAGGUUGUGAUAGUGCGAUCCCUUUGGCGCGGAGUUACAGAUUCAUUGAGAAAACAUUUUAUGAACGACAUGUACUCACUGGCUAAAAUUCGAGAUGUAAAUAUAGCUCGAGUGAUAGCUCUCGUCGAGGAAGAACCAUUCGGAGCAGUUUUUGAGUAUGGAGAGCUCGGGGAUAUUCCUAGUUUUAUCAGAACCCAUGAAAAGUCAAGUGACGACAUGCCGUUAAGUUACGGAUGUCUACUGAAUUUCGUAACUCAGAUUGCCUCAGGAAUGAAAUACUUGGAAAGCUUGAACAUUCCGCAUCGUGAUUUAGCUGCAAGGAAUUGUGUCGUUAGCAAGAAUAUGACGAUAAAAGUAUCAGAUCAUGCAAUGUAUUGCAGCAAGUACGAUCAGGAGUAUUAUAUAGAUGAUUGUUACGCGAGAGUUCCACUGCGCUGGAUGGCGUGGGAAGCAAUUUUACUGAGAAAGCAAACUUGCAGAUCUGAUGUUUGGUCCUACGCAAUUACCGUUUGGGAAAUUCUAAUGAACUGUGCGGAAGUACCUUACGCUGAUUUAACGUCUGAGCAAGUGUUGGAAAACUUUAGCAGAUGGUACCAUUGUGGACCAACAGAGAAGAACCAGCCGCGUAUCCUUCCACAGCCAGUUCCAUGCUCAAGAGACUUGUAUCACAUGAUGACUAAGUGUUGGAGUAAACGUGCAGAUGACAGGCCAACCUUUGAGGAAAUCUACCUAUUUCUAAAGCGAUUGAGCUUCGAUUGAAAUGUUGUUUACACUGCAGCGUGGACCAAAUCAAUUACAAUCAGCUUAAGCAUCCACUAGCCACUGUCAUGUCUUGGAUGCUUUAGCCACUAACUCAUGCUCAACUAGAUUAUAUAUCUUGACCUUCUAAAUAUAUUAUUACUCUUAAGAUAUCCGUAUAUUGUGUGAGGAUUUUUAUAUUAAAUGUCGAAAUUACUCGGUCGACGUCGAAAUUGAUAACAUUUUACUAUAUAACGUAAUCGAGAUUCAUGCUGAUUAUAAGUGUAAGUUUGGUAUAAAGGAAUAAGAUAACUAAUUGGAGCAAUUGAUCACAAUUAUUGGUCAAUUACGAUUGUUAUAAUUAACGUAGUUAUAGGGCGAUGUUUCAGGGGGAAAUAUUUCGCCGGUUAUUUUGUACCUUCCGUUUUGAAAAUCUGUUGUCUAUAGUCAGAACUUCAAAGUUUCACAUUCUGGGUUUUAAAUGAAGUAUCUAAUUGUCAAAGAUGAGAUGAAUCAUCCUUCUUUCCUCCAUAUUAUAUACAUGUAUAUCUUUGUUAUUAUUGUGAAUCAAGAUCUUAUUGAACAAACAUUUGUUUUUCCGUAAAAUUAUAAAAUGAACCGCAGUUGAAAAUU